AACACUAAACAAAACAAAGAUCAAGGAUAAAGAAAAAAAAGAGAGUUGCGUCUCCACACCCAUCUAUGUCCUCCAAUCCCAUUUAUGUCGUCCACAGCCAUCUGUGUAGCUAUAGGGAUAUCAAUAAAGGCGAAGAUAUGAACAAUCUAUCUAUUUUUAGUUGGAUAUGCUAAUACUAAUUAUGCAGUUACAAUGUUUUGGUAAGUUAGUGAGAUGAUUAUGUAUGAACUGUAUGAUUUUUAGAUAAAGUACUCAUAUAUAUUUAUCUUGAGGGUCAAACAAGAUGAUCAAGCUAAGUGAAUCUUGGUUUGAACGAUUCAAGGAUGGACUCUGACAGUUAGUUUUGGUUGUGUGUCUAUGUGUAUCCUUACUAGACACACAAAAGACACAAUGAAAUGAAAGAGCCUUAGAGAAAAACUGACAAGAAUGAAGACUUCAUCGAAUAGGAAAAAGUGGGGUGACGAGCUCGAGAGAAUGGAAUGAGAAGAAGAGGCAAGAGGUGUGAAGGGAUCAAGUGAGGAAGAAGAGAGUGGGAGGUGGGAAGGAAGAGGAAAGGAAGGAAGGAAGGACCGAAGGAAGGGUGUGAAGAAGGGGGUAAAUUAGUAAUUGGAGCAGCCAAAAAAAAUAAAGGGGUGUUGAGAGAAAAAAGGAUCCCACAGGAGAGUAUGUUCGUCGUUGUCAACGGUAUGAAGGUGGAAUGUUUAUGAAAUAAUCAAAAUUGAAAGUUUCAAAUUCAAAUCUCUAUUUCUUCAAAUCCUCCAAGUAUGCGACAAUCAUCUGAAUUUUGAUUACGCCGAGAAGAUCGGGUAGAAAAAAGGGCAAGAUCCAACUUCUCCAACACACCUUUCUUUUGAAAACAAAAUGACUGGGGCUGAAGGCCCAAGCUACACAGUAGAUGAUGCUCUUGUGGCUUUGGGUUUUGGAAAUUUCCAAAUUCUCGUGCUUGCUUAUGCUGGUGUAGGUUGGGUUUCAGAAGCAAUGGAAAUGAUGAUCCUCUCUUUUGUAGGCCCUGCAGUUCAAACUGCAUGGAAUCUUUCCGCUCAUGAAGAGAGUUUGAUAACCAGUGUGGUUUUUGCUGGCAUGCUAAUCGGUGCAUACUCAUGGGGCAUUGUUUCAGAUAAACAUGGAAGGAGGAAAGGAUUCCUUAUCACAGCGAUAGUUACUGCUUUGGCUGGUUUUCUUAGUGCAUUUGCUCCUAACUAUAUAUUAUUAAUUGCCCUCCGUUCUCUGGUUGGUCUUGGUUUGGGAGGUGGCCCUGUAUUAUCAUCUUGGUUUCUAGAGUUUGUUCCUGCUCCCAAUAGAGGUACCUGGAUGGUUGUCUUUUCAGCAUUUUGGACUCUUGGUACAAUUUUUGAGGCCUCACUUGCAUGGAUUGUGAUGCCAAAACUGGGUUGGAGAUGGCUUCUUGCACUGUCGUCUCUUCCCUCAUCUUUCCUUCUUCUGUUCUACAAAGUGACUCCUGAGUCACCUAGAUACCUGUGCUUGAAAGGUAGAACAGCUGAUGCAAUUAAUGUUUUGGAGAAAAUAGCAAGAGUAAAUGGAAGAGAACUUCCUUCCGGUAACCUUGUUUCUGACCAUGAAAUUGAGUUACACAAAAUUGAUAACCCUUCAGAGGACACACGCUUGCUCUCACCAAGAACAAAUGAAGUUGAACAUCCUAAAGGAACAGUCUCCAAUUUAGGUGGUAUUUCAUCAUUGUUAGUGCUUCUCUCACCAAAAUUGGCAAGGCCAACCCUUCUAUUAUGGGCUGUGUUCUUUGGUAAUGCUUUUUCGUAUUAUGGCCUUGUUUUGUUGACCACUGAGUUGAACGGACAUAGUAAAUGCAUGCCAGAUAAAUUGCAGACAGAGAAGUCCCAGGAUGUUAAAUACAAGAGUGUUUUUAUUGCUAGUUUUGCAGAGCUACCUGGGCUCCUCUUGUCAGCUGCGGCAGUAGAUAAACUCGGUCGUAAACUCUCAAUGUCAACCAUGUUCUUCAUGUGCUGUAUUUUCCUUCUCCCAUUAUUAUUCUAUCUGCCUGAAGGCCUAACAACGAGCUUUUUAUUUCUAGCUCGCAUAUGCAUCACAGCAACCUUCACAAUUGUGUAUAUAUAUGCACCAGAGAUGUACCCAACAUCAGUCAGAACAACUGGUGUGGGAAUUGCAAGUUCGGUGGGCAGAAUUGGUGGAAUGAUAUGUCCUUUGAUAGCUGUGGGUUUAGUACAUGGAUGUCAUCAAACUGCAGCCGUCCUUCUGUUUGAGAUCGUAGCUCUUCUUUCAGGAAUAUGUGUCAUGUUCUUCCCAAUUGAGACCAUGGGCCAAGAACUGCGAGAUAGUGUGCAAGUCUAAAAAAGACCAACAACACAAAAACAUAAUGAAAACAUACAUACAGACAAAUUAUGGCUCUGCCCUUUAAGAAGAGGAGCAGAACGGCAGAAGAGAGUUGGAGAAGAAGUAACUCUGCCUACUGAAACAAAUUCCGGUCUUUCUCUCUAUUUCUUAUUUCAAUUAUUCGAUUCCACACGUUUUGAUCCUUUUUUUGUAUAGUGUAUUACUAUUGAUGAGAGCAAAAUAAAAUGUCGUUUUAGUUUUUGAAAUUAUAAAAAAAUUGACUCUAAAUUAGUUAAUGUUAGUAACUUAGCUUGACAUUCGACAACAUUAUUUCCCUUAUUUGUUUGAUAGGAAAUUAGGAAGGAGAAGUGAUAAAAA